GCCAGGCAUUGCUGGAGGAGAUAUACACACUUACGGUCCGCCAUCGGACGCGUCAUGAUAGCAUUUCAGUGGACAUAAACCAGGCCUUAAAUGUUACCUCCCCUGAUAUCUUAAAUUAUAAAAAUUCAUUCUGACUUCUGCGUGCACGAUUGCUUUGAAAGAUGUCUCGAGUGAUUCUGACCAUUUUCCUCGUGCUUCGUGGUAAGUCAAUAAAAAAUCUGGCGUGAGUUCUGUAACACUUUUUAAGAAAGAAACCAUUUUUAUCAAUCAUAUCUGCUAAAAAUAUUUUGUGGGGAUCUGCAUAUUUUGAUACGUUGGUCUACACAAAACAAAAACAAAAAAAACAAAAAAGAAAAGGAAAAAAAAAAAGCCGGCUAUCGCUCCGGAGCCCCGGGUUGUCGACAAUUGGUUAACGAAAAAUGUCUUGUCUCCACGUGUCAUGUGAUCUUUUCACGUGAUCUUGUCCCGUGUCUUGUGAUCUUACCAUGUGAUCUUUUCAUAUGAUCUUGUAUCGUGUCUUGUGAUCUUGUCAUGCGAACUUGUCAUGUCAUCAGGUUUCCCAAAUGUUCACUCAGUAUUCUCAUGUGUGACCAGGUCUUGUGUUUUGUGAUAUUCUCAUGUGUCACCAGGUCUUGUGUUUUGUGAUAUUCUCAUGUGUCACCAGGUCUUGUGUUUUGUGAUAUUCUCAUGUGUCACCAGGUCUUGUGUUUUGUGAUAUUCUCAUGUGACACCAGGUCUUGUGUUUUGUAAUAUUCUCAUGUGUCAACAGGUCUUGGGUUUUGUAAUAUUCACAUGUGUCAACAGGUCUUGUGUUUUGUAAUAUUCUCAUGUGACACCAGGUCUUGUGUUUUGUAAUAUUCUCAUGUGUCACCAGGUCUUGUGUUUUGUGAUAUUCUCAUGUGACACCAGGUCUUGUGUUUUGUAAUAUUCUCAUGUGUCAACAGGUCUUGUGUUUUGUAAUAUUCACAUGUGUCAACAGGUCUUGUGUUUUGUAAUAUUCUCAUGUGUCACCAGGUCUUGUGUUUUGUGAUAUUCUAAUGUGUCACCAGGUCUUGUGUUUUGUGAUAUUCUCAUGUGUCGCCAGGUCUUUUGUUUUUCACUUGAAAUGUGGUGAAAAGGUUUAAGAACAUUUUAUGGUACAACGUCCUACAGGCUUAACGCAGCUUACUUCACUGGGUCUCAUAACAGCCGAUAUGUGCGCUGUUGACAAGGAGUGUAUGACUGUUGAAAUUUGGUUGAAAUUUGAAACUAUGGGCCUUUGGUUGUGUACAACACUAGUGAAGAGAUACCUUGUCUGGGCACUUACAAAGAUGCAUUAUGAUUUCACAAAUCUCUACCGAGUUGACCUUGUUAAAAUUAAUAUAUAUAUAUAUAUAUAUAUAUAUAUAUAUAUAUAUAUANUAUAUAUAUGUGUGUGUGUGCGUGUGUGUGUGCGUGUGUGUGUGUGCGUGCGUGCGUGUGUGUGUAAUUUUAAAAUCAUGAGCCAUUCAGCAUGUGAAAUGAAAUAUUAAUUGUAAAUGGAAAGCUCCAUUGUGCUUUUUUUGAAAGACAAAUUAUAAUUACACAAAAUUCUCAGCUAGUACAUUAUUGUUUUUAGAUAGUUGUAAUUUCCUUCAUCUUAGAUUUAGUUUCGCACCAAUCGCCUGUCAGUUUUCUGUCAUUACUUUUUUUAAAGCGAAUAAAUUGUACCAAAAAAGGCAUGUUAAAAGUAUAUACUUGUUCUACAUUUCUCCCCAUUUGGUAGAACACACAUUAGAGAAAAUAUGAAGAUAACUUUGUACACCAGGAACCUGUUCCGUUGUAAUACAUAAUACUUGGAAUGUUCGGGUAUGGGGGGGGGGGGGGCAGCAGCUGACAAUGCCGUGGUUGUUUUUAUUCUAUUUUGAAAUAAAUGAAACCACGAAGUCACAAGGUACAAAAAAAAUAUAUCUAAUUAGCAACGGGUGAAAAGGAAUAACAACAGCGAACUCCGAGAUCCUAGUAAGAGCAGGAGGAAACCGUAAUAGCACAAUUCCUGUGUUUGCGCGCUCGAGCUUCCCGGUAUCGAGCAUUAAUCACCACCUAGGUUCACGUGGAUCCGGUUUGAUAGAUUUAAGAUUUCAUUUCAAAUUAAACCACACCUAGCAACAAUGUUUUUCGUAUAAAUCCUUUAUAAAAUGGUUUUUGUAUAAAUCCUUUAUAAAGUGGUUUUUGCAUAAAUCCUUUAUAAAAUGUUUUUUUGUAAAAAUCCUUUAAAAUGGUUUUUGUAUAAAUCCUUUAUAAAAUGUUUUUUUUGUAUAAAUCCUUUAUAAAUGUUUUUUGUAUAAAUCCUUUAUAAAAAAUUUGUUGUAUAAAUCCUUUAAAAAUGGUUUUUGUAUAAAUCAUUUAUAAAAUGUUUUUUUUGUAUAAAUUCUUUAUAAAAUGUAAUAUCGAGCAAUGGGACGUGGGGGUUGAAAAAUGGGACUAAAAAUGCACUCAAGUAAAACACUUUCUAAACUUUUUCAAGCGCCGCCCCCCCCCCCUCUCAUAUCAAAACAGCAGCACCGUUAAAAAACGCAUGGGUCUUCCCACACCCCCGGCACUGCCUCCCGCACCCCAGGUGCGGGGAGGGGGGGGGCGAGUGCACCCCUAAGUAAGAACCCCUGCUGAAGAAUGACGUGUCACGUGGUCACCCUUGAGAUAGCAUCACGUGGGGUUGUUUUUUUUAAAUAACGCACGGAACCUAUCCAAUAAUGAAAUAGCGACAACAGCAAACUAAAAUGAAUGCAUUGAAUGGACCUUUCAGUUCUACUGACAAAGCCAACGCGCAUUUUUUUAAAUUCGCUUAUAUCGAUUAAGUCAAUUAAACAUUUCACCUGUUUACGCAAUCAAUAUCAUGGCGCUUUCAAUAUUUUAAGAGUGAUCUCACAACAAUAAACAAAAUGUGGGCAACGACCGGUCGAUUAAGGCUUCAUGGGCACCCAUGUAAGGCUUGUCCGCUUUAUUAACUUACCGUCGGCUUGUUCGCUUUAUUAACUUACUGUCGGCUUGUUCGCUUUAUUAACUUACUGUCGGCUUGUUCGCUAUAUUAACUUACUGUCGGCUUGUCCGCUUUAUUAACUUACUGUCAAUGUAAAUGCUACUUUUUGUGUCAAACCUAUACUCUGUGAUGACGGUGAGACAAAGAAACAUCACAGGAACUUUUCGACGUUACAACACUUUACAAAAUAAACGCUUCGGUGAUCAAACUGUUUGUGUUGAGUCAAGGGUGAUCCGACGAACUGAAUAAUGCAUACCACAAGACCUGGGUUACUCGUGGCUUCAGACCCAAAGUCACAUGUAGCUACCGUACUUAACAGUUCAAAAGACACGAAGUCGCAUGUAGCUACCGUACUUAACGGUUCAAAAGACACGAAGUCGCAUGUAGCUACCGUACUUAAGACCCGAAGUCGCAUGUAGCUACCGUACUUAACAGUUCAAAAGACCCGAAGUCGCAUGUAGCUACCGUACUUAAGAGUUCAAAAGACCCAAUCCUGGAGUUGCUACGGAGCUGUGCUUUAAUCAAAACAAAUGAACAAUAAACCAAUUAAAAACAAAAUAAUUAAACAUAAACACAGUAAAGACGUACACGUUAAUAAUAACGAUGUUAAAGACACACAUUAAUAAUCAACACAUUAAUGACACACGCGUUAAUAAUAAACACAUUAAAGACACACAUUAAUAAUAAUGAUAUUAAAGACACAUAUUAAUAAUAGACACAUUAAAGACACACAUUAAUAAUUAAGAUAUUAAAGACACAUAUUAUAAUAAACACAUUAAAUUCACACGCAUUAAUAAUAAACACAUUGGCAACAAACAAAUGAAUGAUAAACACAUCAGUGAAAAACAUCUGAAAGGAAACAUGUUUGCCUGUUUCUUAUUUGAUCAUUUCUAGCCACACAGCUGAAUGUGGAGGGUGCCACAUGUGGGCCGACCACAAGUCUGACUUGCCAGAAAACGGACAAGACGCUGGGCACUUGCAUCAAUGGAACUUGUCAGUGUGAGACUGGAUACUUCCCUAUACGGUCUGGUUGUGGACGUGAGUAAAGGGCCUGGAUACAUAAAUACAAGUUGGGUGGAUGCAUAUGGAUGGACGGCAAGAAGAAUGGAGGGAUACAUGUAUAGAUGGAUCGAGUGAUGGGUGAAUGAGUCGAUAGAUAUAUGGAUUGAUGUGGAGAUGGUUGAUUGAAAUUAUGUGGAUGGUGUCAACGUCUUGCUGUUUGAUCUAUAGAAAAACUGGACAAGCCUACAGCUCAGUGGGAACAAGGAAGAACCAAUGAAGUUCUCGAGGGAAAAAGUGCUGUGUUGAGAUGCUCAUCCGUAGAAGGCGCCACCGUUUAUGAAUGGUUCAAAAAUGGAACAUCGCUUGCCACUGGCCAGACUUACACAAUAACAUCCGCCAAAUCUACAUUGGUAGGAAAUUUCAGGUAUUUCCAAUUCCCCCUCCUGCUUCUAGUGGGGUAGCAUUCUGACGACGCGACCAAAGUAGGCCGUUACCUUGAGAAAAAAGGCAUCUUUUAGAAUAUCGAAAUGUUUUUUGUUUUUGUUUUAAAAUUGAAUAAUGGGUGUAUGAAAAAAAAAAGAAACUACUUGAAAUUAUUUUUGUUUUCUGUUGCUAAAAUUAAUUUAACCCCCAAAAAAUUAACUUUGGAUUUUAAAAACCAAAAUUUCUUUUUGACGUAGACAAACUGGCAAAUUAAAAGAACACUUACUUUAAAGCUCCUUUUUUUCUUGGGAAGGGAAACAGUAGGGGUUGGGGUGGGAGGUUGGGGUGGGGGUGGGAUGAGGGUUGGGGUAGGGUGGGGGGUCGGGGUGCGUUGCACAGGUGGAAGACAGACAUGUAUCAUGUGUUAAGUCUUACCAUGAUGCCACCAUAAUGUACCAUUCUUUGUCCAUUGACUUAAGUUCGUACAGUUGAUAUAGAACCAGGUCUUAAAGCUACUGGUCAUAGCUAUCGCCAUCAUCCUUAAGAGAUCCGUCUGCUUGUACUUCCCAUAGCUGUAAAGCCAAGCUGACCAACGCGGACAGCUACUUGGACUCGGACGGAAGUGACGAAAUCGAGAUCAAACUCCUGGCGAUCUCUGGUGGUAAGGUUAUCGAUAGAAUGUCACGUGUCCGAAAAUAAGAACAAAAACUAACCACUUACCUCGUGCAAAUCGAUAUUUUAAAUAUUCAAGAGUUUGAUCACGUGGCACCUUAAUCCUAGGCCGGGAAGUGUACGGAUUAGAAGAAAUUAAUCCUAGGCCAGGAUGUGUACGGAUUAGAAGAAAUUAAUCCUUGGCCAGGGAUGUGUACGGAUUAAAAGAUAUUAAUCCUAGGCCAGGAUGUGUACGGAUUAGAAGACAUUAAUCCUAGACCGGGGAUGUGUACGGAUUAGAAGACAUUAAUCCUAGGCCAGGGAUAUGUACGGAUUAGAAGACAUUAAUCCUAGGCCAGGGAUGUGUACGGAUUAGAAGACAUUAAUCCUAGACUGGGGAUGUGUACGGAUUAGAAGACAUUAAUCCUGAAUCCUAGGCCAGGAUGUGUACGGAUUAGAAGAACAAUUAUUUACAAGUAAUGCAAUUUAAAAUCUGAACCAAAUUCAUUCAGGAGAAUUUUUUUUUCAAAAGCCACUAAAAUGAUUAAACUUAAGUGUUCUGCCCUUAUCAAACUGUCUUAUCAAAUUGUCUUAUCAAACUGUCUUAUCAAACUGUCUUAUCAAACUGUCUUAUCAAACUGUCUUAUCAAACUGUCUUAUCAAACUGUCUUAUCAAACUGUCUUAUCAAACUGUCGUAUCAAACUGUAUUAUCAAACUGUCUUAUCAAACUGUCUUAUCAAACUGUCGUAUUGCAGUUAUAAUUUUACGGAUACACGUAUUCGCUAUAGAUUCAACGCACCUCUACGGAUCGCUGUCACAAUGCGCCUGGUAUCAUGGGAACCACGCCCCAGGUGCCUGACAGUGCACGGAAGAACGGUUCUCUGAUAGAAGGCGGAAAGGCCGUGGGUAAAGGGAGGAGAGACGUUGGGAGGCAACAAGGGGGUUGAUGAAAUGGCAAGAGUGUGGGCAAGGGAGGAGAGACGUUGGGAGGCAACAAGGGGGUUGAUGAAAUGGCAAGAGUGUGGGCAGGGGAGGAUUAUUGAUUAAGUUUGAAUGUUUAGAAAUAAUGAAACAGGCAAACAAGCAAAUACAAACUUUCUAAAAAAUAAGAUGUCGAUCAGUUGCUCACCCCCUCUUGCUUAGUUUUUAAGGUGCCGAGCGUUGACUGAAUGAAGCACCAAAAGAAAACAUACUUAUUAGAUAAAGGGCUCUAGCGUAGUGACCAGGAGAAUAUUAUAUGGGGGGGGACUUUUUGAGGUGGUGGGGGCGCAGAAGUUUGCAUUGGGAGUUUAAUGGAGAUAUGUUGCGAGGGGUUCUGGGUGGAGAGGUGAUUUGUGUAAUGACGUGUAAUUUGGUGAUGGAGGGGACGGGCCGAUGGAGAAGAAGUGAUUCUUUAGGUGUUAAACUUUGUGUGGGUGGAGUGGGGCGAGGGGAAGAAAAGGGGGGGGGGAGGGGUUGACGUUUGGUUUCGGGUAACGUUAAGAAUUGAUGAAACACACCAUCAAACAAAUCAAUGCGGGUCUAACAUGAAAAAAAAAAAUUAAUAAUAACUGGUUGAUUUUCUGAACAGCGUACCUUUCCAUGUAUUCCCGGGCAACACCGGGUCUCAUUUCUAGUUAUAAACAAGCCAUGCACUUCCUAUAUCCACCCAGCCGUGUCCAGCAGUAAACCAGUAGCAGUGGUGCCAACACGCUACAUCUUCAAUAACAAAGCCGUCAGCUUGACGUGCACCAAUGUGCCCAUGGGCUAUGACGUCAGCACGAAUGUAGUCUUCGAGGUAAACAGUUAAUGGCGCCCGUAAUUAGAUGACCAGUAUUACCUUAAGCGUUACUGAGCUACUAUGUCAGAACCAAGCACUGACUGCUUAGAACAGGCACUCAGCUUGACGCCAAUAGCACAUGCAUACAUCUAAUUGGUCUAAGUUACGUACUUUUUAACGAUUAUAUAUUUAUACACAUUUGUGCUAGUAAAGUUUUAUUUUGAUGAUAUUUUUAUGCUAAAUAAAUUCACUUGGAAUAGUGCAAAUCGAUAAAAUAACUAAGAACUUUCGCCCGUACUAUUAGAAAGUCUGUCAAACAACACACCACAUUCCAUUAGAAAGUCUGUCAAACAACACACCACAUUCCAUUAGAAAGUCUGUCAAACAACACACCACAUUCCAUUAGAAAGUCUGUCAAACAACACACCACAUUCCAUUAGAAAGUCUGUCAAACAACACACCACAUUCCAUUAGAAAGUCUGUCAAACAACACACCACAUUCCAUUAGAAAGUCUGUCAAACAACACACCACAUUCCAUUAGAAAGUCUGUCAAACAACACACCACAUUCCAUUAGAAAGUCUGUCAAACAACACACCACAUUCCAGUGUUAAGCACCACUUGUUUUAAUAGCAUCAUGACACAAUCUCACUAAGCACUCUGAAACUAUCUUACAUAGCACCCUGACAAUCUCACUAAGCACUCUGAAACUAUCUUAAAUAGCACCCUGACAAUCUCACUAAGCACUCUGAAACUAUCUUACAUAGCACCCUGACAAUCUCGUCGAGCACCCUGAAAAGCUCACAUAGCCUCCUGGAACUAUUUGCCCUAGCACUAUGAAACUAUCUGCCCUAGCACUCUGAAACUAUCUGCCCUAGCACUCUGAAACUAUCUGCCCUAGCACUCUGAAACCAUCUGCCCUAGCACUCUGAAACCAUCUGCCCUAGCACUCUGAAACCAUCUGCCCCAGCACUCUGAAACCAUCUGCCCUAGCACUCUGAAACCAUCUGCCCUAGCACUCUAAAACCAUCUGCCCUAGCACUCUGAAACUAUCUGCCCUAGCACUCUGAAACUAUCUGCCUUAGCAAUCUGAAACUAUCUGCCUUAGCAAUCUGAAACUAUCUCACUUAGCACCCUCAGGCUCACUCACGUAGCCCCCCGUCAUUAUCUCGCUCGUCACCCUAAAAAUCUCAGUAAGCACACCUUCUUAUAAUCGAUGACGCCAUUCUCAUAGCAGAGUUUACACAAUCUCUCAUAGCAUUAUUUUACAUCUACUUUAUAAAUUUAUACUAUACCUACUAUAUUUUUUAUACUCUAUAUUAUCUCACAUAUCACUCUGAAACUAUCUCACAUACCACACUGACACUAUCUUACAUAAAAUCCCGAGACUAUCUCACAUAACACCCUGACACUAUCUCACAUAACACCCUGACACUAUCUCCACAUAACAUCCUGACACCAUUGACAAUUACCCGGCUCCCCCACCCACCCCCCUCUCCCAAAGGACACAUCGACUCCUGCCAAGACCAUCUCCUCCCCUGUCAACGUAAACAGCUCCAAUGCCGGCUCAAACGUCACGUGUCGGCUGACCGACACGACAGUCAGCUACACGGCGCCAAAAAGUGAUGCGGUCCCCUUACCGGAAAUAGUAUGUGAGUAUUCAUAGCGAUUGCUGCCCGUUUGUUAGAAAGUGUACGACAUUAGCCAACGUCUUGUACCAUGUCGCAUUGUACGCAGUGGGCUGAGAUUUUUCUUUAAACUUGAGAAAAGAGUUCUGUUACAUUGUUCAAUUGUGUUUUUUUUUAUUUUUUAAGUUUAAUUAUUGCCAUAAAACGAUAAUUUGAUAAAGCCACAACCGCUGUCCCAUGCCCAUCACAUCAUAACCCUCUCCCCCCAAAUAAAGCCACCAAGCCCCCACCCCUUCCACAUCAAACAUACUUUUACCAUAGUUCUCUUCUUUCAACGUAUACCACUGUGCUAUCAUUUUAACAUAUGCCAUAGUGCUACCCUUUCAACUUAUAUCAGGGUGCUACCGUUUCAGCGUAUACUGUGGUGCUACCAUUCAAAUUAUACACCUGUGCUACACAGGGGCAGUGAUUAUUUCAGAAAUUUUCCCGGGGGGGGGGCACUGCCUCCCCCUCCCGUAGAUAUAGAUGAAAGAAACCCUUUACAGGGGCGUCAUUUCAGGGGUUUUUUCGGGGCAGGGCAAAAGCAUAAUUUCCUCGGUUUGUUAAGUUGUUUAUUACUGGAGGCACCACAGUACAAAACAAUUUAAAUAAAACCUGCAAAUUCAGAGGAGGGGGGAGGAAUGCCCCUCCCCACCCUACCCAAAUGACGCCCCUGGUGCUACAUUUGUCCUGUCAAUAUCCACUACGUGCAGCAUUCCCUUUGAGGAGUUCAGUCAAUGAUUCUCCUAUCAACAGCUGACAUUGUCAACGUGACCAUCACUGGGGGACCUGCGAGGACGACUGUCUACUCGUCACAGGCAACUGUCAGUCUGACAUGUCAGACGGUACCAGAUGUGCAGUACAUAAACGGGGCCGUGAUUUUCAUCUGGCAGGUACAAGUCUUUGAAUGGGGACGUCGUCCUAUAUCGUUCAAAAUAUAGAAAUAUGAAUGUCGAUGAAUGUGAAGUUCGAGGAAUGUAAAGGUUUAGCAACUUUUAGGAUGACUGUAAUGGUGUACGAAUGUGAAGGGAUAUCAAUGUAAUGGUGUACGAAUGUGAAGGGAUAUGAAUGUAAUGGUGUAUGAAUGUGAAGGGAUAUGAAUGGAAAGGUGUAUAAAUGUGAAGGGAUAAGAAUGUAAUGGUGUACGGAUGUGAAGGGAUAUGAAUGUAAUGGUGUAUGGAUGUGAAGGGAUAUGAAUGUAAUGGUGUAUGAAAGUGAAGGGAUAAGAAUGUAAUGGUGUAUGAAUGUGAAGGGAUAUGAAUGUAAUGGUGUAUGAAUGUGAAGGGAUGUGAAUGUAAUGGUGUACGGAUGUGAAGGGAUAUGAAUGUAAUGGUGUACGAAUGUGAAGGGAUAUGAAUGUAAUGGUGUACGAAUGUGAAGGGAUAUGAAUGUAAUGGUGUAUGAAUGUGAAGAGAUAUGAAUGUAAUGGUGUAUGAAUGUGAAGGGAUAUGAAUGUAAUGGUGUAUGAAAGUGAAGGGAUAAGAAUGUAAUGGUGUACGGAUGUGAAGGGAUAUGAAUGUAAUGGUGUAUGGAUGUGAAGGGAUAUGAAUGUAAUGGUGUAUGAAAGUGAAGGGAUAAGAAUGUAAUGGUGUACGGAUGUGAAGGGAUAUGAAUGUAAUGGUGUAUGGAUGUGAAGGGAUAUGAAUGUAAUGAUGUACGGAUGUGAAGGGAUAUGAAUGUAAUGGUGUAUGAAUGUGAAGGGAUAUGAAUGUAAUGGAUAAUGAAUGCGAAGGCGUUUGAAUAUGGUGGUGUGUGUAUGAAUAUGAAAGUUAAGGACCGUGGACAGUUAGGGUGUACGAAUGUGAAGGUGUAAAAAUGUGAAGUAUGCCGAGAGUUACUCACCGAUUCACUGGACGCAGAAUUAAUUUCUGAAGCACAGCGUGCGUCCAAUCCGAGUCAGUUAAACGUCAAGACAGAGUCCCCGUUCAGUUACUGUGGACAUACAUAACACAAAACUGUUAUGGCCUUCUUCCAGCUUGUGGAAAUAGUGAAAUAGUUCUACUAUGUGUCAUAACUAAAAAUAAAAACUUAUUAUAGCAAACUUUUAAAAAUACCAAAAAAUAAAUAAAUAAAUAAAUAACAAAAAUAAAAAAAUACCAACAAAAAACUGUUGCAUUGCUUGAUCAAUUUAUUUAUGCAUGAAUUAAUUAAAGUAAAAUGUCACAUUCUAUUUUUUUUUUAAAGUUCCAACAUGUUACUCUUUGACAUUCUAUUGUGUUUUAUGCUCUUAAUUGUCGCGCACAAAAAAAAUAUUCUAAAUAAUGUUUAUCACGAGCUCUGUCAGGUUGGUGCUGGGGGUGGGAGGGGGGCCUAGGGCUAUGGGGUCAUGGAUGUGUUUAUGUCAAGUGGGCGAUGCCCGGAAAAAAGUUUCAUAAGGUCAAAAUGUCUAGCUCGAUUUCCUUAAAGUUUAGUCGCGUAGCUGAAAAGAUUGGAACGCUCUAAAUUAAUCGGGGCAUUCAUUUAUUUAGCAGGGUUCAAAACAAAAGAAGAAAAAUUUAGAUAUUGUUUUGAAUUAGCCGCGAGUGGGUCUGUUUCGUUUCAUAUAAUGAUCGUCAUAGUUUUAUAUGUUCAAUCUUUUUUUUUUUUGUGCAAGGGUCUCCAAGGCGACGAAUUCAAUUCUGUAGCUUUAAAUCACUCCCGAUCACCUCAUUAAGCCUGCAAUUAUUUCUCACGACCUGUGUGUCUGUGGUGUGAUGUAAGAGGAGCUUUUCAAAACAUGAACCAUUACAAAGCGCUAUUUGCGAUCUUGAAGUGUGGGACAGUCCUGGGUUUUUUUUUGGUUUUUUUUUUUUUUUGGUCCCGCGACUUUUUAGAAGUGAGAAGGUGAAGAAUGCUAACUUUUAUGAAUUGAUUGGUGGAUUAGCAUCUUUAAAGAGCUAAGGGGUAAGUAAAGUCUUACCAUUUUACACCACCGCUAGUGACGCGUCUGCCGGAAUGGAUCAAAAUGUUUGCCACCCCCCCCCCACUUUUUUUUUUCGCCUCGAUAAAAACCCUGUGCAUCUGUGCAUCUGUGCAUCUGUGCAUUUAGCAGAAACUGCCGCCCCUCCAUAUAAAGAAAAAAAGUGCCACCUGUGGCGUACCACACCCUCCGCGCCCCUUGUUCCGUUUACUAUAUAGACCCGUGGUUCUCAACCUUCCCGAUGCCGCGACCCUUUAAUACAGUUCUUCAUGUUGUGGUUACCCCCCCCCCCCAACCUUAAAAUUAUUUUCUUUGCCUCUUCAUAAAUGUCUUCCGAUUUCCGAUGCUCUUGGACGACCCAAGGGGGUCGCGACCCACAGGUUGAAAACCGCUGGUGGCAACGAAAGAGUUAACUUGCCAUGUGACUAAUUCUCUGAUGUCCACCGCCAAAAUUGACCACGCCUGUCUUUUUCUUUUAAAAACUUUGCAUGUGGGGUCAGUGGGGUUUGUGGAGACCAAGUCAGUUAACUAUAAGUAAUGUCUCCCAGAAGGAAAAUAGUACUUGACUUAACGUAUUUUUUUUCCUCCACCCACCAGGAUCACGGCCAACAGGUCGAGGGUCAAACCAGUAAAGUAUUGGUCGUGCCGAAGUUAGAAACAACCCACGUCAUCACCUGUAGCGUCAUUAUCAAAACCUUGAGUUCUUCCACAAAUGACGUCACCAUUGUCAUGAGUAAGAAGUUCCUAAUAAUUUUGUCCCUUACAUUUUCUUUUUCGUAUCUAAACGUUCGACUCAUUUAAGAGUGCAGCCUUUAUUAGCUCAGUUACUAUCCCCUGACCUUGGAGAUCCCAAGGGAUCCGACUCCUGUACCCGACUCCUGUACCCGACUCCUGGACCCGACUCAUGUACCCGACUCCUUUACCCGACUUCUGCUCAAAGGAAUAACUAGGCAAACGUUUUUAAUGUCAUGUUGACAUCGAGAUGGCAUCAUUUCUUAAUGUCAUGUUGACAUCGCGAUGCCAUCGUUUUUUUAUGUCGUGUUGACAUCUAGAUGCCAUCAUUUCUUACUGUCAUAUUGACAUCGCGAUGCCAUCGUUUCUUACUGUCAUGUUGACAUCGAGAUGCCAUCAUUUCUUACUGUCAUGUUGACAUCGAGAUGCCAUUAUUUCUUACUGUCAUGUUGACAUCGAGAUGCCAUCAUUUUGUUUUGUCCCUAGACGACACCUACCUUGCCGCUCCGGUAAUCCUAGCCAGCAACCUGGCGCCGUUUGCAGGAUCUCGUGCUGUGCUGACCUGCGGUGACGUCACACCAGGGGCGGCAACUUACGGCUGGACCAAAGGGGGCGUUCCGAUCGUUCGACAGUUUGACCGGACCAUCCAGCUGGACAACUUUGUGGCGGCAGACGCCGGGGUCUACACGUGCACCGUGACCAAAGAUGGCUUUUCGGUUACAUCUGACCCAGUUACUCUGACGUUAUCAAGUGAGUGUCGUAAAAGGUCCGACAUAAUAUAUUCAAUAUUUGACAUAGUUAUAUUCAUCAUAUGGAUAAUCUCAAAUCGAAAGUCUACUGGGGAGCUCUCUUCUAUUUGGACACAUAAAAUGUAAGAGUCAAAUCACUUUACGUACCUCCAUUUAAAAAAAAAAUCUUAUUACUCCCCCACCCUACCCUUAAGUUAUUGUUUCGUUAUAUUCGCUGUGACAUUUUGGGACAUAUUGCGCUAUUAAAGCACCUUACAGUUGAUUACCGCCCAUCAACAAUUAUAUUCUCUUCUUUUCAUUGUUGAAAUGUGACGUUAUGCAUUUGUCUUACAUUUUCAUUUUAUUUUGUUUCUCAUAGCACCCAUACACCAUCCAGCAUAUCACACAGAAACCAUCUCACACAGCACCCAGACAACGUCUCAUAAAGCACCCAGACACCAUGUCACAUAGAAACCCAGUUACCAUCUCACUUAGCACCAUGACACCAACUCUCAUAGGGUCAUGACACAACCACGCAUAGCACAUGACAUUAUCUCUUAUAGCACCCUGGCACAAUCUCUUAUAGCACCCUGGCACCAUCUCUUAUAAUAAGGACGUCAUUUUGACGGGUUUAUUUAAUUUGCCAUGCCCUAUGGCGCCCUUAGUAAUAAACAACUUAAAAAGCAGACCAAGUUUUAGUUUUGUCCCCCCCCCACCCCCCCCCCUUUAAAAAACUUGAAAUGACGAACCUGUCUCUCAUUAGCACUCUGAAACCAUCACUCAUAGCACCAUAACACGUCUCUCAUAGCACCAAGACACCGUCUCUCUUAGCACCCUGACACCAUCCCUGAUCUUUCUGUCACAUUCUCAUUCACAUUUUAUUUACAGCCGGUCUGUCGACGCCAGUCAUCACCAGAAACGACACCGCCAAGACGUUCGGUGAGCUGGGCGACUACCAGCUCAUCUGUAACACAGUCUCCUACACUGUUGGGAUGGCCUUUGUCUGGAAAAAGUAAGUGAGUCCUCGUGUCUGGGAGAAAACGGCUUAAUCUCAUAAUGCGUGAUAUAAGCUUGGAUUCGGUGCAGUGUUGAUCAGAGCUGCAGAACACGCCACUCGGAACCCUCACUUCUUCAAUCCCACAACAUCUCAGUACCCUCACUUCCUCAAUCCCACAACAUCUCAGUACCCUCACUUCCCCAAUACCACAGCAUCUCAGUACCCUCACUUCCCCAAUCCCACAACAUCUCAGUACCCUCACUUCCUCAAUCCCACACCAUCUCAGUACCCUCACUUCUUCAAUCCCACAACAUCUCAGUACCCACACUUCCUCAAUCCCACAACAUCUCAGUACCCUCACUUCUUCAAUCCCACAACAUCUCAGUACCCUCACUUCCUCAAUCCCAGAACAUCUUAGUAUCCUCACUUCCUCAAUCCCACAACAUCUCAGUACCCUCACUUCCUCAAUCCCACAACAUCUCAGUACCCUCACUUCCUCAAUCCCAGAACAUCUCAGUAUCCUCACUUCCUCAAUCCUACACCUUCUCGGCCCCAUAACUAGGAUUGCUUAUCAUCAACAUUGAAAAAAACCUAAUAAAAAAAAAACAACACAAUACAUUUUGGUUUGAAGUAUAAGAGCAAAAAAUAAGUUAGAAAUCAAGAGAGUCUAACUAAAUUUCAAUACAAAUAAUAGUUUUUACUCCGAAUCUGAGUUGGGUAAGAAUCAAGUGUUUCCCAGCCUGAUCAUGCUGUGAGAGGACAUUUCAGGGGACGUUCAAUGAAACGUGAUUACAUGAGCAGAGGAGGGGGGGGGGUGCGAAAAUUAUUGACAUUAAAGUUAUGACAUAAAAAUAUAUUGUUAAUUAUUUUAUAAUUUCCGCAUCAACAUUUCCAUAUAUAUAAUAUAUAUGUAUUCAAUGCUGGAUUAAGUCCUGCUGAUGCCCCCCCCCUCAUCCACCCCCAUCCAAAGCAGGCUAAAUUGUGGGUUUCCUCUUGUAAAUAUCUCUCGUGCUUAAUGUCAUAUCCAACAAUUCUGAGUUUGAGUCUUGCAAAAAAAACGAUCCAACUUUUUCACAAUUUGAAUGCCAGUGUUUCAAAUAUACAAAAUAAAUACAUACAAUCAUGACGACUUAACUUGUUUGAAAUUGUUUCUUAGGCCAGUGGGCCAUUUAAAAAAGAAUUCUCGCUCCCCAUAGUUUUAAAAACCUGGCUACGCCCAGUGGCGUAGCGAGGGUGUUUGGCGCCCGGUGACAAGAUUCGCGCCCGGGGACAAGAUCCAUUUUUAGCGCCCCUUUUUCUUUUUUUUCAACUCUCAAACCCAUUAUUUUCAUCAAUAAAAUAAUAUCAAAGCACAUUUUGGCGCCCCUAACUAGCUGGCGCCCGGGGACAUCUGUCCCCCCUGCCCCCACCAAGCUAUGCCUCUGGCUACGCCACUGCCCAAACGGGUUGGUGGUACAAUCAUAAAAUAGGAAUUUUUUUUCGUAAAUUAAGGACAAGCACAUUCUACCUAGUAUAUAACUUACUUGUGACUAUCAAACAUAACGGUGUCAAUUUAGUUAAACAAUCAUUUUUUAAAAGAGUUAUAUACAUUCAUUUAUGUAAUGUUCUUGUAUUUAUAAAAUUGCAAUGUUCUUGAAUUUAUGAAAAUGCACUGUUCUUGUAUUUAUGUAAUUAAAUUAGCACAAUGUAAUUUAUAUUACAUGUUCUUUUUCUCCAGAUGUACCACAGUGCUUGGCGAAACUUCGAGGAUCUACCAAAUAACAAGGGCUACUCGUGAGGCUGACCAGAGUUUGUACAUGUGCCAGGCACACUUUAACUCCAUCCAAAGUGCACUGAGUGCACCGUACGAGGUCAUUAUAUCAGGUCAGUCACGUUGGAAGGAAAUUUGGAUUGUAUUUCAGUUUUUAAGGCAAAAGAAAAAAACAAUUCCUCUGUGUCCACAACCAAAGCUGAGCCCUGGACUGAUGACUUCAAUCUAUAGUCAGCAAGACGAAUGGUAUAUUAUACUAGGGCUUAACCAAGUGCAAUGUUUUACUCUGGUCCCGGUAUUUUCAUAAAAUACCCGAUGGGUUCCAAGUGGUACACAAAAAAAAAGAGUUAACUUCUCAUUUUCUAUAAUAAGCAACGAAAUCUACUGCCCCAUGUCGUAGUGAGAGGGCAUUGCCUUCGUCAAGCCGGAUCCCGAAAUAGAGAUGACGUUGUACAAAAACCCGUCGACAGAGAAGAUACUGUCAUUCAUUUUAUAGUAAAGACUUGGGAAACAACAGUAGCAGGAUAACGAAAAUAGCAAUACCUUCCAAAAGCUGUGACAUUUUAAAAAAAUCCAUUUCUAUUUAUUUUUUUUUUUUUUAAUCCACCUAUUUACCAAAGUUCUGACGUCACACAUGAAGCUCGCUGCGUGACAGCUUUUUUUUCACUUCGCACUAUUAAUAUAAAAACAUGUGCUUUGAAGAGGAAGCAGGACACACCAGAAGCACGUUUCAAGCAAGCAAGAAGACAUCACAAACGUUGAGAUAUUCAGCUUUGCUUCGCCUCUUCCAUUUUUUUUUCUCUUUUGUUUCAAUGCUUAAUUGUAUUUCCGGACAUCCUUUAAAGUUCUUACUGACAUUGACAAGGUCAUUUCUGGGUCAAAUGUUUGACCGAAUGUCCUUAAAUCUACGGACUGUUUUGUAGCUUUACUUCAAGUCUUAUUUCUUUCUCGUUUAGCCGCUGGUCUCCUCUGCGCCACGAGUACAGAUUGCCCUGGGGCACCUGCCUACACGGGGGCAUGUGAUUCAACUACAAACAGAUGCACUUGCUCUAAAAAUUAUAAGGCUGUUGGUAAUGUUUGUGAAGGUAAACAGCUCAGUGUGUGUGUGCGCGUGGGUGUUUAUGUGUGUUCGUUUGUGCGUUUGUGUGUAUGAGCGUGUGUUUAGUUUAAAAAAAAAAAAAAAAUUAUUUCCCUCAAAAUUAUUUUAAAUGGCCAUAUAUUUUUCUUUGAGCUGGUGCUUUAUUAAAUAAGUUAAGCAUUUCUUUUGGUAUACAAGAGGGUGAUGCUUAAAUAAUGUUAUGCUUGACAUAUCGCACUUAUUUGCUCCAAUAGUCAUUAAUUCUUUGUCUCUUUUAUUAGUUGCUUUGCUUUACAUUUACCGGUAAUUUGCAUCAGAAGGAUUGCUAAAAGGAUGACCUCCCUUGCUGGCUAAAUCACGCAGCGUUGGCGGGGUGGGGGGGGGGGAUUGAUAGAUUGGAUUAUUUUUUUAUAACUGAUUUAUAACAUUUUGUUAAUGGUCAUAUUUUUUCUUUCUUCCUUCCUUUUUAAAAAAAAAUAAAGGGGGGGGGGGGGGGGGGGGGGGGGGGGAUUGAUAGAUUGGAUUAUUUUUUUAUAACUGAUUUAUAACAUUUUGUUAAUGGUCAUAUUUUUUCUUUCUUCCUUCCUUUUUAAAAAAAAAUAAAUAAAAAUCCUAGCCAUUCCUUCAACAACAACAACCACUACUACUACUAUCACUACAACGCUAGCAACAACAACAAAUUACGCUGGUAAGAUAAUGUAUUUAGUUGGUACGAAAUUUACGCGUGACUCUCCAAUUUGUGUUAAGAUGAGUUGAUUAUAUUUUCUAUGACUUUUUUUUUGUUUGUGAAGAUUUUAGUCUCACUCAUUAGUCUUUUAUUUUAAUAUUUUCAUACCUUGUAAAUAUACUAUUUUAAUUUUAAUUUUAUUUCAUUGAACGCAUUGAAUGGCAACCUACUUAUUACUUUUUUUUUUUAUAUUGAUCGUAAUAAAUGUUGAGCUAUUAAUUUCUGAAUACUUCAAGAAAAAAAUAAUCACUUCUACACCACUUCGAAGUGUAACAAAGUGGAAAUGUUUGUCAUUAGUUUAUAAACGUUGGCUCUUUCAUCUGUUAAUCUCUUGAUUCAUCAUCAUCACUUUGGCGAAACAUUGCAACCACAAUGACGUCGUCGUGCUAUUAUUAAAAUAUCAAUCUAAUUUGACAUUUAAAAAUGCCGAUCGAUUUUUCUUUCUGAAACAAUCAAGUAAUGAAUUGGGCAACUGUCCAUUUAAUAUUCCAGUGGAAAAAACAACAUGGCAGCAUCUCGUUAACACUUUAAAAAAAAAACACACAAAAAAACAAAAAAAACUUGACUUUGAAUGUAUCUUUCACUCUGGCAUUGUUUCCUGUCAGCCUCCACAACCCUACCUGGACGGGUGUGCUCACUGGACAGUGACUGCCCCACAUCUGCAGCCUACACGGGCAGAUGCAAUGCCACCACACACCGCUGCCCGUGUGCCACGAAUUAUCUGUUGAAGGGAGAAGAGUGCAAAAGUAAGAAACAUUCACAUUCAAAAUAUUUACCGUACCAGUGUGUGCACAGUGAAUGUGUGUGUGUGUUUUGUGGACAUGGGCGCCCGCAGAAAACUUUCUAGGGGGGGGGGGGCAAAAAAAUAAAUUAACUUUCCAGGGGGGGGGGGCAAACAAUUUUUAGUAAUGUUUUAAUAAAGUUUUAAUUUACUGUAGCGUAUUUGUAUGGUGAACGAACGGACAGGAACCAGCUUAGUUACUUUCUCUUUAUUUUCUCUUUACUUUAAUAAAUUUUUUGUCUAUUUUUGUCUAAAAAUUUUUUAUCCAAUCAAUCCAGGAGGGGGGGGGGGCAAGUGCCCCACCUUGCCACUACCUGCGGGCGCCCAUGUUUGUGGAUGCUUUUUUCUUUUCUUCAAAUACUCUUUGUACCGGUACAUAGAUUCAACGCAUAGUAAAAUAUCAACAGAACCGGUGUAUAUGAUACGUGUAUUUUGGCCGAGAUGUGUGGCCACGGCCAGAUGUCCUUGAAAUUAGCAGUGCAUAUAUUGUUACUGUGGUCGACCAUUUCACUUACCUCAAAUGUCAUGCACGUUUUGUCAAUGACAAAUGGCCAAUAAGGACACCACUUUACUCUAGCACCUACCAACUUAAAAUAAUGUGGCACUUAAUGGAAGGAAACCAGUUCUUCGGCCACUAUUACCAUUAGUUCUCAACUGAGAUUUUGUCUUUGCAAAACAAAAAAAAGAACGUUAAAUACUUAGAACGUAGUAUGUCAAAUCCUGAAUAGCUGACAUGACAAAUAGGUUUCUGCUGUAAUCAUUCAUCGGCAAAUACAACAAUACAAAUUGUAUUUAAAAAAGACGAAAGAUGAUAAAAUCAAAACUUCGCUUAGAGCAGUGGUUCUCAGCCUGUGGGUCGCGACCCUUUCGGAGUUUGAGCGACCAUUACACACGGGUUGCCUAAGCCCAUCGGAAAAGACAUAUUUAUGAAGAAGCAACGAAAAUAAUAUUAUGGUUGGGAGUUACCACAACAUGAGUAACUGUAGGGUCGCAGAAUUAGGAAGGUUAAGAACCACUGGAUUAGAGGUUUUAUACAAAUCAAAAAAAAAAAACAACUAGACAAGUUCAUAAAGUCGAAUUUUUGUUAUUGUGUUUUUUAUUUUUUUUUUUUUUUUUUUUUUUUUUUUUUUUUUUUUUUUUUAAAAAAAAAAAAAAAAAAAAAAAAAAAAAAAAAAAUAAAUAAGUUGAAUUUUUGUUAUGGGGUCAUUUAAUUUUUUUUUUUUUUUUUUUUUUUUUGAUAAUAUUUUGCCGAACGACAAAGAAAUUGUGAGACAAAAACUAAUGCAAAGAGAUGACGCCUUUGACGUCAUUACGUGUUUUGUUAAAUUUCUGUUUUGGAUUCACUACCAUUAUUUUUGUUAAUAGACUUGCAUUUUCCUUAAUUUGACGAUUGGCAUGUUUAAAUUAAGUUUUAUUGGUUAAUUAAUUAUAAUUUUAAAAUUUCAUUGGUUGGGUAAUUAUAAUCUUUUAAUUUUCCCGCCAUACUUGAACAUGGAAUUACCAUGGACUGCAUUGUAUUGUAUGCAUUUCUGGAUAUUCUUUUCGGUGGUACCUGAAAGUGUAUAAAAGUGUAUUCUAUGAAACUGUAAGUUGGGUUUUCAUUAUUUAUUUAUUUUAUAAUGAUUUUUUAUUGUUUUUGUUCAUUUUGAUAUAUUUCUUGCCACAUUGUGCAACUGCACGAGAAUUAAAUACAUUGCCGUCAAUUUUCAAAUAUGGCGGUAAAAAAUAAAAAAGUAUAAUUAUAAUUCAUCAAAUAAUAACAUUUUGAUACAAAACAUGCCAUCGGCGUAUGAAUACUAAUACUAAUAUAUUAAAAAAAUAAGUCUCUAAAAAUAAAUAAAGGGAAGUGACUACUACACGGAAACUUCAAUAAUCACAUAAAUGACGUCAUGGCAUGUCUUCUUUGCAUUAGACUCUUAUCAUUCAUGUUUUUUUUUUUUAAGGCCAGUAUCAAUUACAUGUUUUUUUUAAAAUAAAUUUCUUUUUCUUUAAUUUUUUUUUUACAUUCCAUCUAGGUGGCAGCGGAGAGACGGCGUAUUCCCUAAUAUUUAUCAUGUUAAACAUCGGACUUUCCCGUUUAUUUUGACAGUGCGCAAGUCAAUGUGUGUAAAGACGUCAUAUUAUGCGUAAAUACAUGACAGUAUGGAAUGAAUACUUAACUUUUCCUGACAAUCAAAUUCUAAAAAUUGAAUAACAAAGCCAUUUAAUAAUAUUUUUUAAGGAAAAUGGGCUAAAAAUUAUAUAUCCUCUUACUACGUUGGGGCUGGGCUAGGACUGCCGUUUGCAGUUGCAGUGAUAAGACAAGUGAUGCUAACAUGUGAUUGUGGUAUCAUUCAUGCCCUUAGCUUAAAGUGCUAUCACCGAUGCCCGUAGCUACAGUGCUAUCCCUAAUGCAAUUUACAACAGUGCUAUCACUGUUGACCUUCAUCUAAAAUGCUAUCUCUGAUACCCUUAGCCUCAGUGCUAUGUCUGGUGCUAUUUAGUCAUUCAUACUCUGAUGUUAAUGGAGAUGAUGACACCAGACUCCCGAGUCAAUGAACUUAAACAGAAAAUAGAAGAAUAGCGAUUUGUAUUUAUGAUAAUUUUUUGGUCUACUGUUAGAUGGUAUUUUCAUAAAUUCAACAGCACUGUUGCAGACCUGUUAACUCUUACGAUUUGGGCGUACGAUUUUGAGAUGCAUACAUUACAUAUACUGAAUGUUUAUUUUUUUACUAUUAAGAUAAUGUAUUGAACUACUUUGUGAUGAUAUUGUACGAUUUUAAGAGUUUGGGGGUAAACAGGUCUGCUGUUGUUAAUUCAGGACUAUUGAUAAAUUAAAACUAUUGGUCAACAAGAACUAUUGGUAAAUCAGAACUAUUGGUAAAUCAAAACUGUGUUUGAAUACUUAUUGCUACUUUUCCAAGUUUACGUGAAGGUUUUAAAGAAGACAAAAAAAAUUUAGAUGUAGGCCUGUUUGAAUCGCUUUUGCUUCAUUGCAAUGGGCCUCAAAAUUUAAUCAGUCCAAGGCCCCCAGUUAACAAAAUCCGGGGCCCUGCAUGUACAAUUUAUCGAAGUAUUUAUUUAAGAUGCGUUUGUUGAAUAACGACUUGUAAUUGUUGUAAUACAGCUUAAGUUAGGGUUAUUUAUUUAUUUUAGAUCAAUAUUACGCCCAAUGAAUAUUUAAAUUCUCUUAGUUUAUUAUAGUCAAGCGUAAAGUACCGAGGAAAAAAUAAAAAUGUGGAUGUUAAAGUGCGUAUGGUUACUUAAAUGUAUAGCAUCAUAACAUGUGCUCCAUAGCCUUUGUUGUAAUCGGGAAAAGAGC